UGUAAAUGUAAAUAGAAAGUGUGUAAAUCCAUAGACCAGAUCAGAGGCUGAUCUAGCUAGGUCAGGAUUAACAGCUCCUCGAGACCGCGCUGGCUGCUCAGUUAUUGAAAGGAAUCUCUCUACUACACACGUUGGGCGGCAUUGGCAAGUUAGCUCGCUACCUAGCAAAUGCAAACUACACAGAACCGAUAGGUUUUCACAACAUGUCAUAUCGGAGGACAAUUAAAAUAGUGUGUGGGUUCGCUGGCGGAUCAGCAGUGCUGGUUGUUGCGGCUGCCGCAGCUCAAUACCCGGGCUGUUUCGGCCACACGCGAGCCGCUCAGUGGAGCCUUUUCAAUGUUUUGCAAGCUGCACAGCCAGCGGGGAACCGCACUGUUGCAUCUACUGGACAUGCCUGGGACUUCAACUGGGAUAAGUAUGCCUCCUACUAUAAAACACCAAGGGCGGUCUGAUCUGAUCAUGUGGGUCAAGUAGUUUAGUCUGACUGAGUCAGUGUGAUUGAUUGAUAUUAGCAGCCAGCGACAGCAUGUUGACAGCCUGACAGGUGACUUCUCUUUGCAUGUUAUCAAGAGAAAUAAACCACAACACACAUCACUGCUUUGUUCCCUUUGUACUGUACCAGGCGGGACCUGUCUGCACUGUUGACACAUGGGAAGAAGAAGGAGAUCUUCAGUGAAGACCCAAGCUCAGAGCAGGACAAAGCCAAACCCAAAGCCACACGCAACAUCCUCCUCAUCAGACACUCCCAGUACAACCUGAGUGGCAAUGGAGACCAUGAGAGAAUCCUCACCCCUUUAGGUUGUGUACCCUGUGCUGCUGUGUACUCAUGUUGCUAAAGGCUUGAAACAUAGACCUAGUUCUCCACUCUACUCUCCUGCUCAACAGUUGAGUUUUAUUGGAUAAUAAGUGUAUAUUCAGCAGCACUCAAUAGAGGUGCUGAAAGUGGUUCACGAGUGCAGUCUGCUAAUUUUUGGGACUGUGUUGGUGUUCUGCAGGUCGGGAGCAGGCUGAGUUUACUGGUCAGCGGUUGGCUGCCCUGGGGCUAAAGUAUGACAUCAUGGUCAGGGCCACCGAGACGGCCAACAUCAUCAGCAAAUACCUCCCAGGUCAGAGCCGUAGACCGGCAGACUUUGCGACAGACUUUACAGCUGAGGCGUAUGCCGGAGUAUAUACAAUAAUCAGAGACAUACUUGUGUUGUCCCACGAGACUAACCAGUACUGUACAUCAGGAGUGACCACAUCUCCUUCUGGAGAGCUACCAUUCUGAAGGAUUUCCCAGACUGAAUCUAACACUCCUGAUUCAACUGAAUCCAUAGACCAUAUAUUCCCCCUCAGGAGACUAAAAAGAUUUGGCAUGGGUCCUCAGAUCCUCAAAAAAUUCUACAGCUGCACCAUCGAGAGCAUCCUGACUGGUUGCAUCACCGCCUGGUAUGGCAACUGCUUGGCCUCUGACCGCAAGGCACUACAGAGGGUAGUGCGUACGGCCCAGUACAUCACUGGGGCAAAGCUCCCUGCCAUCCAGGACCUCUAUACCAGGCGGUGUCAGAGGAAGGCCCUCAAAAUUGUCAAAGACUCCAGCCACCCUAGUCAUAGACUGUUCUCUCUGCUACCGCACGGCAAGCGGUACCGGAGUGCCAAGUCUAGGUCCAAAAGACUUCUCAACAGCUUCUACCCCCAAGCCAUAAGACUCCUGAACAGCUAAUCAUGGCUACCCGGACUAUUUGCACUGCCCCCCCACCCCAUCCUUUUUACGCUGCUGCUACUCUGUUAAGUAUUUAUGCAUAGUCACUUUAACUCUACCCACAUGUACAUAUUACCUCAACUACCUCAACUAGCCGGUGCCCCCGCACAUUGACUAUGCAACGGUACCCCCCUGUAUAUAUAGCCUCCCUACUGUCACUUUAUUUUACUGUAUAUAUAGCCUCCCUACUGUCACUUUAUUUUACUUCUGCUCUUUUUUUCUCAACACUUUUUUGUUGUUGUUUUAUUCUUACUUUUUGUUUAAAAUAAAUGCACUGUUGGUUAAGGGCUGUAAGUAAGCAUUUCACUGUAAUGUCUGCACCUGUUGUAUUCGGCGCAUGUGACCAAUAAAAUUUGAUUUGAUUUGAUUUGAUAUGGUUGAAUCAGGUGUGUUUGUGUAGAGCAGGAGCAAAAGCCAGCAGAUCCAAUAGCUAUUCAGGAGGAGGGCUGGCCACCUGCUGUUAUACAUGUUAUUUACAUCACCUGAUACCAAGGCUCUAUCUGAUAACAGCCUCAGAAGCUUUGAUCUCUGAUUUUUCAGAUGUCAAAAUGAUUUCAUUAAUCAUGAUAGAUAAGUAUUUCACUACUCACCGCUAACUAACUUUAAUCUUCUGGUAUGUUAUUGUUUUAGGGGUAGAGCUGGUGAGCUGUGAUUUGCUAAGAGAAGGGGCGCCCAUCGAACCUGUGCCUCCUGUCACCCACUGGAAGCCAAACGCCGUGGUGAGAGACGCCCAUUAUGGAUUCUCAACGGGCUGUGUGUCUGUCAUAUUACCUCCUGUUCAGUGUCCCUUUCACUUGUUAUCUAUACUGAACAAAAAUAUAUACGCAACAUGCAACAAUUUCAAAGAUUGUACUGACUUACAGUUCAUAGAAGGAAAUCAGUAAAUUGAAAUAAAUUCAUUUUUGCCCUAAUCUAUUGAUUUCACGUGACUAGGCAGGGGUGCAGCCAUGGGUGGGCCUAGGAGGGCAUAGGCCCACCCACUGGGGAGCCAGGCCCAGCCAAUCAGAAUUAGUUUUUCAUUACACAAAGGGGCUUUAUUACAGACAGAAAUACUCCUCAGCUCCACCCCUCCUCAGAUGAUCCCGCAGGUGAAGAAACUGGAUGUGGGGAUUCUGGGCUGGCGUGGUUACACAUGGUCUGCGGUUGUGAGGCUGCCAAAUUCUCUAAAAUGAUGAUGGAGGUGGCUUAUGGUAGAGUAAUGAACCUUCAAUUCUGUGGCAACAGCUCUAUUGGACAUUCUUGCAGUCAGCAUGCUAAUUACACGCUCCCUCAAAACUUGAGACAUCUGUGGCAUUGUGUUGUGUGACAAAACUGCACAUUUUAGUGGCCUUUUGUCCCCAGUACAAGGUGCACCUGUGAAUUGAUCAUGCUGUUUAAUCAGCUUCUUGAUAGUGGGUUCGAGCCCCGGGACCACCCAUACACAAAAAAAUUUAUGCAUGCAUGACUGUAAGUCGCUUUGGAUAAAAGCGUCUGCUAAAUGGCAUAUUAUUUAUUAUUAUAUGCCACACCUGUCAGGUGGAUGAAUUAUCUUGGCAAAGGAGAAAUACUCACUAACAGGGAUGUAAACAAAUUUGUGCACAACAUUUGAGAUGAAGCUUUUUGUGCUUAUGGAAGAUUUCUGGGAUCUUUUAUUUCAGCUCAUGAAAAAUGGGACCAACACUUUACAUGUUGCAUUUAUAUUUUUGUUCAGCGUUUAUAUUUUUGUUCAGUAUAGUUACAGCUGUCUGCUUGUAUGCAUCAUUCAAUGCAAUGAGAAUACAUAAUUCAAUGCAAUCCAAUGAGAGGUCAGAGGUCAGCUCAAACCCUCGUCUUACACGACCACUGUGGACCUCUCUACCGCUCUACAGCAGUACCGCGAGGAUGGAGCCCGGAUCGAGGCUGCCUUCCGCCGCUACAUCCACCGCUCUGACCCCAAGCAGAAGGAGGACAGCUAUGAGAUCAUCGUCUGUCAUGCCAAUGUCAUCUGCUAUUUUGUGUGCAGGUGUGUUGGUCUCCCCAGGCAGGCUGAAGCUGGAGCAAAGCCUCAUUCAACAAGACGAUGCUAAUCAUCAUGAUGACUUUGUGUAGCAAUUCCACUGUCUUAUAUCUUUUGCAUUUCGUGACUAUAAUGAUGUGCUUGCCAACAUCCCAUGACAGAUGUGUAUAUUUGUUAGACCAGGGUGUAUCGGUUGCUCUAACAGACUCUCUCUCUUUCUCUCUGUGUCUCAGGGCCCUGCAAUUUCCCCCGGAGGGCUGGCAGAGGAUUGGGCUGAACAACGGCACCAUCACCUGGCUCACUGUGCGCCCCAGCGGCAGGGUGGCACUGAGGACACUGGGAGACUCAGGGUUCAUGCCCCCGGACAGACUCACACGGACCUGA